AUGAGACUGCUGAUUACAGUUGCCAGACGUAUUCAUAAACGGCCUCUGUACACUCCCACAUCAUGUCUAAGUUCGGCAGCUUCGAACAGCGGCCUGCAGUUCAGAGAUGACCAACUGGUCUGCGGCUCGACCGGAGAGCUGGUCCAGAGGCUUCGCGUUCAGGUGGAGGUGAGGACAGAAUUCAUAAGUGAGGAAGAGGAGAGUGCUCUCAUGAAAGAACUCGAGCCUGGGCUGAGAAAGAAACGAUACGAUUUCGACCACUGGGACGAUGCGAUUCAUGGUUACCGGGAGACAGAGCGUGCUCAGUGGGGAGAGGUGUGUGAGGGGGUGAUGGAUCGCCUCCGAGCUGUGGCUUUCUCUGAGGGCAGCCCUCUCCUAGGCCCUGUGCAUGUCCUGGACCUGGACAAGGCUGGAUACAUCAAACCACACAUCGACAGUGUCAAGUUCUGUGGCAGCACUAUAGCAGGGCUGAGUUUGUUGUCAGACAGUGUGAUGCGCUUGGUGAGGGAGGAUGUAUCCGCUGAUUGCCUGAACUUGUUUCUACCCUGUCGCUCUCUUUACAUACUCAGGUAA